GAGUGAUUGCUUUUCUCUUCUAUGAUAAUGUAGCCGAUUCGAAUUCGGAUUAAUUUCUAUAAUGAUUUCAACGAAUUAAUAAGUGUUACAAAAAUAACAUAAUGCAGAUUAUACGAGAAGAAUGAGAAUUAAUCUGAAUGUAAUACAUUAUGAGAAAAGGCGAGCGUAACUAGAGUGGGGCGAAACACUAGAAUAGGAAGAGAGGUGGCGAGGGGUCCAUAGACGGCGUAACAUUAGCUGUUUGGAAAGCUAAGCUGUAAAAUGGGGCUUUCCAUUUGAAUGCAGCAGUCUCAAUCAAUCCCAAUUCUACUACCAAUUCCCAACUUUCUCUACCCCAUUCUUUCUUUGUGUAUAUAAAAAGGGUGCAUAUAUGUUACGAGUUAAUCAUACCACACGAUCAUCUCAAAACAACACCACAACAUUACGUACUAAGUUUUACAACCACAUGGUCGUCAAUAUGAUCCACUUAAAAUAUCAUGUCAUGUUUGUUUUGGUUUUCGUCUUCCUCAAUCUUUCCCUGAUCAGCGUUUAUGGCCGACCCGCCACUUUUCUUCAAGAUUUUCGUGUCACGUGGUCCGACUCUCAUGUCCGGCAAAUCAACGGUGGAAGAGCCAUUCAGCUUGUUCUUGAUCAAAAUUCAGGAUGUGGAUUUGCUUCAAACAAACAGUAUCUGUUUGGCCGUUUUAGUAUGAAGAUCAAGCUCAUCCCUGGUGACUCUGCUGGAACAGUCACCGCUUUCUAUAUGAUUUCGGAGAACUUUAAUGUGAGGGACGAAUUCGACUUCGAGUUCUUAGGAAAUCGGUCGGGACAACCUUACACCAUGCAAACCAACAUUUACAUUAACGGUCAAGGCAACAGAGAACAAAGGAUAAACCUUUGGUUUGAUCCAUCCCAAGCAUUUCACACCUACUCCAUCCGAUGGAGCCAUCAGAAUGUUGUAUUCUACGUGGACGAAGUGCCGGUGAGGGUAUACAAGAACCACGAAGCCAGAGGGAUUCCAUUCCCAAAGAGGCAACCCAUGGGAGUUUAUUCAACAUUGUGGGAAGCUGAUGACUGGGCAACCAGGGGUGGAUUGGAGAAGAUUGAUUGGAGCAAAGCACCGUUUUACGCUUACUACAGUGACUUCGACAUCGAAGGUUGUCCGGUUCCAGGUCCAUCCACUUGUCCUUCCAACCCAAACAAUUGGUGGGAAGCUGCGAAUUACCAACAAUUAACGCCUCUUGAAGCCAGGACUUAUCAUUGGGUACGAGCCACUCAUAUGAUCUAUGAUUACUGCACCGACAAAUCGAGGAACGCUGUGCCCCCACCCGAAUGCUUGGCUGGCUUCUAAGUUUAAGACACGCGCCACCCUAAACAAAUUCCACACCACUCAAAAUAUUUCCAUGCAUGCUUUUGCUUUCAUUUAUCCAUUUUAAUUGGUACAUACAUUUACGUAUAUAUGGAUCAUUGUAUCCAACAUUGGUGUUUCUUGUUGUUGUAUGUUAAUUCUCUUGGACUUAAAAGGUUCAAACAAAGGAGAAGCUGGCCUUUUUGGUUACUUGCGUACGUAAAUGGCCCUGAUGAGAUGGGAAGGCCAUGCAAAGUGUAUAGUUGGAACGAAAGGAACAUUUUGAAGGAAUUAAUUAUACAAGAAGAUGUGUGUGUGUGUGUGUGUGUCUGUGAGAGAGAGAGAGAGAUUUGUAUUUUACGUUGUGAAAGAUAUGCUUCUUUGUCAUAUGUUGUAUACAUGUGUAUUUAUGUAAUUUGUAAUUUGUGUACACCCAAUAAUGCUUUUGGCACAUCAUUGUGAAAUUAUUAAUUUGAGUCAACUUUUGGU